CUCCUUGUACCCAUGCCUCCUGUAUCCCUCUCUCUCUCCCCUUUCUACAUCCUCCUCUCUCUCAAUCAUCCUCUCUUUCUCCACUCCUCUACUCUGCUUCUCCCUCCCUCUCUCCCUCCUUUCUUUCUUCCUCUACUCGCCCUCUCUCUCUGGUCUGUUCCCUCUCUUGGUCUGGGUGGACAUCAGAGCAGGAUGCAGGGCAGGGUGUGUGUGUGGAGUGUGUCUGUCCUCCUGUCGAUGACACUGGGAUGGACCCAGGCUCAAAGCCAGACCACCAACUUUACCAGGCCUAUCUUCCACUGCGGAGGUCACUUGGUGACUGAAUCAGGCUUCGUGGGCAGUGAGGGUUUCCCCAGCCACUACAAACCCAACAGUAAAUGCACCUGGUAUAUCACUGUCCCCGAGGGCCACGUUGUCAUGCUCUCCUUCCGUAUGUUUGACCUGGAGGCCGACCCCACCUGUCGCUAUGACUACCUGGACGUGUACAACGGCCACUCGCACACGAUGCAGAAGCUGGGGAGGUUCUGUGGGACGUUUCGACCCGGGGCUCUGAUCUCUACCUCCAACACCAUGAUGCUGGAGAUGGUGUCUGAUAGUAGUACAGGAGGACGCGGGUUCGCGGCUCACUACCAAGGAGGGAAACCACACAUGGACGAGAAUCAGUUCUGUGGGGGUAGACUAACGAAGGCUCAGGGUUCAGUCAAGACGCCCAACUGGCCCAACUCAGAUUACCCAGCAGGCAUCAGCUGCUCCUGGCACAUCUCCGUGGAGCCCAGCAAUGUGAUCGAGGUCAAGUUUGUGAAGUUGGAUAUAGAGGCUGAUACGUACUGUCGCUAUGACUACGUGGCAUUCUUUAAUGGGGGUGAGAGGGACGACUCGCGGCGCAUCGGGAAGUACUGUGGUGACAGGGUACCAGGGACCCUAGUGACCAAUGGGAAUGAGCUCCUGGUGCAGUUUGUGUCUGACCUCAGUGUGACCUCCAACGGCUUCAUGGCCCACUACUCCAGCAUGCCCCGGGGGUCCCGGACGCCCUCCUCCGGGGAAGACAACAUCCAUGGGUCUCGGGUCGCCGCAACACCCCAAAAACCUACCUCCAAGCCGACAAAACCAGCCCGGAACACUCCUAAACCCAAGCCAGCCAUCGGUGCCAAGCCCACCCCAAAACCAGCCACCAGACCUGGGGUGAGGAUACCAGUGAAGCCUCCACCACGUAAGCCUACAGCCAAGCCUGGAGUCAGACCCAUACCUACCCCUAAACCUGGUACCAAGGCUAAACCAACCCCUAAACUUGGUACCAAGGUGAAAUCCAAGCCCACCCCAAAACCAGCCACCAGACCUGGGGUGAGGAUACCAGUGAAGCCUCCACCACGUAAGCCUACAGCCAAGCCUGGAGUCAGACCCAUACCUACCCCUAAACCUGGUACCAAGGCUAAACCAACCCCUAAACCUGGUACCAAGGCUAAACCAACCCCUAAACUUGGUACCAAGGUGAAAUCCAAGCCCACACCAAAACCAGGGGCCAAAACAGUGAAACCAACUAAGAAACCCUUCUCUAAGCCUGGAGCCAAGCCCACACCUGAACCAGGGACUAAGCCUAAAACCAUAGCCAAGCAUGGACCGAGCCGGUCUAAGACUGUGACUAAGAAACCUGCCGUGAGCAAGAAACCCCUACCGAUGAAUCCGCUGUGUACCCUGGCUUGUAAGAGGACAGGAACACUCCAAUCCAACUUCUGCCCUAAUGAUUUCGUGAUCACAGGGAAGGUGACAUCCUUGGUCCCAGGCCCUAGGGGCAGUGUGACUGUGGAUGUGUCUCUCAUCAAGUCCUAUAAGAGUGGCCGCAUGGCCAUCACCAAAUCAGGACCAGCCAUGUCAGUCAAACUCACCUCCAACUGCAGGAAUUGCCCCAGCCUACGCAAAGGAGCGAAUUACGUGCUGAUGGGCAAGGUGGAUGUGCAGGGGCGUGGCCUUCUCAACCCCUCCAGCUUCGCUCUCCUGUACAAGGCGGUCCACGACAAAGCACUGGCCAAUCUCGCCCGUCAAUCAUGCUGACCUUACAGCCCAGUCCACCAAUCACAGAGUGGGAAACCUGCCAUUCCUCCUACUGUACCAGUACCAACAAACAACUACAACAACAACUGUCCAAAUAUGAAAAUAUGAAAACUAAUUCUAAACGAGAGAAUCAAAAUGAUUCAAAAUGAGGACCAACGACCAAAGAUGGUUUCCGUAAGGUUAGGGGCACGGGGCUAACCAUUACAUACAGUAAAAUCUUUUUAUGUUGUCGUAUUGAUAUUUCGUAUUUUUAUACACUCAGAUAUACUUCUUUGUAUUUGUAUGUAAAUUGUGAUAUUUCUGUGAAUAAAGGAUGUAUAUCGCAAAUUA